GCGCUUGUUUUGGUGUUGGCGGGUUUCUAGGUUCGAUUAGUUAAUUGUCUUAAUCUGAGGCCUGUGUCAUUGCUGGUUGUUAUCUCUAGCUUUCCGUAUAGAGAAAUGUCCGGUCCCACAAAAUCAGAUGUUAUAAAUUAUAUUAAGUCUAUGAAAAUUGAAAUCAAGUCAUUGUCAGCACGAAUAAAUUAUCUUACACGUUAUGUAGUACAACAGAGGCACCAGCUAAGUUCUGCAUUGAAAAAGAUUGCAUCUCUGGAACAGUCUUCCAAACAUUCGUUGAAUCGAUCAAUAGGUGUAUCUCAUUCACCUCAAUCUAAACGUUCUGUAGGAUGUCAGAUUUUUCCAGGAACAAACCCUCUUGUUUCUGUAUCCCCUGAUGUGAAUGAAGUAUCUUCAAAUAGUGAAUCGUUUGAAGACUUGCAUAAAUCUCUUCAACCACCCGAUAGUAUAAACUUACCAAUAUGUUGUAAUAAACCUCAAAAGCGGUCAAGCCCACUGGCUCAAUCACCUUCAUCCUCAAAUGAAUCUGUAGUUUUGCCGAAAAAGAAAAAGAAACGUUCUUUAGUUAUUCCAGCUCAACUUCGCAAAAUAAAGAAAAUUACUCAAUCCCCACAUUCAUGUCCAAAGACUCCUGAACAAAAUAUCAAUUCUCCUAAAAAGCGACAUCGACGAAGGUCACAAAGGGGGGACUGGGUAACUGUUAUUGUGGGGCUGACAAACCUUUCUGAAAGCAUUUAGUGAAGUAGCCCUGUGAUAUAUGUAUACGUCACUUGGUCACUGAAUAUAUUUUUUCCACUACAAUGUUUCAACUGUUGAGAUGAACUGUUAUUAAUAAAUUAUUCUUUCAUCAAUACACUUUGGAUAUUUGUUGUAAAGAUCUCUCUCUAUAUAUAUAUAUUAAUUCAAAUUAAGGGAUUACAAUAUAUAUUUUUGAAAAACUC